AUGGGAUUUGCCAUCACUGUGGCAUUACCUAUCUGUGGAAGUAAGUUCUUGCCAAAGAGGAGUUUUAGAGACAAAGGUGCUUUCUCCCUUGCCGUUUGCUUGGAGUUUUGUUCUCUCUGUCGUUUCCUUCGUCCUACACGGCCUUCGUUAGUCAGACAUCAAAGGAGAAUGUCAUGGACAACAAUCAAUAGCUCAGUUGGUGGGGGCAGAUUAGAUCCACCAUCUGGUUCUUCAAGUAAUAAAAACUCUACACGUCCAAGACUAAUCAAAGCCAUACAAGAUUUCAGAACUAAGCUUUUGGUGAAAAUCCAGGAGAUAAAGAAAGAUCUCCCCAAGAAACUGCUCUUUCUCUUGGUGGGAUUCUACUCUGCAACUGCCUUCUCUACGUUUAUAGGACAAACAGGAGACUGGGAUGUCCUAUCCGCUGCAGUAGCUGUAAUCAUAGUGGAAUGCAUCGGAGCUUUAAUGUACAGAGCAUCCGUUCCUUUAAUCAACAAGAUGCGGAGCAUAAUCACCAUGUUUAAUUAUUGGAAGACCGGACUUGCCCUUGGACUGUUCCUAGACUCUUUCAAAUCAAUAAACUUCAACUUGAAGUAUUACAAGCUCACGAACAUACCUAAAGAACAUACAAAGGUGGGAACUAGGAAGCAAGACAGGAGCAUUUGA